CCGCCGGCUCCGGGCCCGCCGCGCUGCGCGGGGCGCGGCCGCUCCGGCCCGGGGCGCGGGGCCGCUCCGCCGCCGCGGGGCUGCGCACGGCAGAUGCACCGAAUCCAGCUGAAACCACCGCGGGUGAGAGCCGUUGGGCCAGUGGCUGCGUGAGAAGGCCAGCGCGGCACCAUGCCUGCGGCAGAGCGGGUCCCCCUCCGGUCGGUGACCAUGUGGCUGCUCCUGCAGAGCCUCCUCCUCCUGGCCUCCUGCUUCCCCUCAGCCGCCGCCUUCCCCAAGGGCUGCUACCCCUCGGAAGAGGAGGGGCUGAAGACCUUCCGCUGCAGCAACGCUCGGCUGACCGAGGUCCCCAGGGACAUACCCAACGACACCAACAAGCUCUUCCUGGACUCCAACCGAAUCCCCUUCCUGCCCCGUGACGCCUUCCGGGACCUGCCGCUCCUGCUGGAGCUGGACCUGUCCCACAACGCCAUCGCCAGCGUCGAGAGCGGGGCUUUCCGGGGCCUGGCCGAGCACCUGCACUCUCUGGACUUGUCUUCCAACAGGCUGGUGUCGGUCAGCAAAGACGCCUUUAGCAACCUGAAGGCCAAGGUCAACCUCUCCAACAACCCCUGGCUGUGUGACUGCCGGCUGCAGGAGCUGAUCCGCACGGUGGACCUGGCGGCCGGCUCCUCGGGCGGCAUCGUGUGCCACUCCUCCGCGCAGGAGGAGCACGUCGGCAAAGCCUUCCUGCAGGUCAUCGCCGACACGGACUUCUGCAACGUGUACAAAAAGACGACGGACAUCGCCAUGCUGGUCACCAUGUUCGGCUGGUUCGCCAUGGUGAUCUCCUACCUGGUCUACUACGUGCGGCAGAACCAGGAGGAUGCCCGGCGGCACCUGGAGUAUCUCAAGUCCCUGCCCAGCAAGCAGCGGAGGUCGGAGGAGUCGUCCACCAUCAGCACCGUGGUGUGAGGCACCGGCAUCCCGCAGGACACGGGGAUGCACGGAAGAGCUGGGGAUCGGCCGCUCUGCAGGCUCGCCAUGGCUGCAGGAGCUGCGGGGAGCCGCCGUCGUCGCACAGCAAGAGUCACGGAUGUUUUUUCUCCCCGGGGAAGCGCCGUCUGGCAGCAGGAGCUGUGGUCAGCGAGCGCCGGGCUCUGGCGCAGCGAGGGGCGAAGUGGCCGCGGUCGGGGGCGGUUAUCGGCGCUGAGCACAGAGCGGCUGCAGCAUCCGCCCGCUGCCUCUGCGUUACGAAGGACCGGAGAGACCCCGAGCAUCCCCCGGCACGCGGUUUUUUCUCCGACCGACCUGGACAUUCGGACUUCAUUUAAAACUUUUAUAUUUCCUUUGCCGAGAUCCCUUGGGGCAUUAACGGAAUUGAUGUUUUAAUCCCUCCCCGGCUCACCCUGGGCUGCCCGAGGGAUGUUCCCGGCAGCGCCGGUGCUGGCUCCCUGCCGGGCCAGGCAGCGGGGAAGGCUGGGCCAUGGGGAGGAGCGGUACGGCCGCGAGGCCAGUGUCCUGAUGGGUCACUGGCCCCGGGAAGGUGACGGGCUGUGACCGCAGCCCGGUGGGACCGAAGGACGGGGCGGGAGGUGGGGACGCAUCGGUUGGGAAAGGCAAGAGUCAGGUCCGGGGUUGUCCCGCGCCGGCUCUCGUGCCAGACGGUGCCACCCCAUCUCCCGUCUCGGCCCCCGCUGCUCCCAGCGCCUUUCCCGGCGGAGCGAGGGGUGUAGGGGGGGGUCCCUGCUCGGAGACGGGGUGGCUGGGGGGCAGCCCCAGCACCUGCCCCCUCGCAGCGCCCAGUUUCUCUACGAAGCAAACAGGGAAUAAGAAGCAAAUGGGAAAUGAGCUCCCCCGGGGCUGAGCCCUCCGGGGCCGCCAAGGGGUGCGGGUGCUGAUGGGGGGACACCGGGGGGUCCAGGCGGUGGGUCCGGCCCUGCCGGGAUGUCAGGGGGAACGGGUUUCCCCUUGGUGCUCCCCGGGGGUGGGUGUUUGCGGACGGGUAGCACCCCCAGCAGCCUGCUCCCAUCUGCCGCCACCGAGAGCUCCAGCCCUCACGCGAGGACUCCCAGGGCUGCCGACCGGUCACUGUGACGGGAAGCGGGGAUGGAGGGAGCCGCCGCGGCCCUUCCGCCCUCUCCCCACUCCCACGCCGCUGGCAGGAGCCUGAAUCUCCCUUAAAAUGCCCCAAAGUCCCUUCUUGACACUUCCAGUUAUUGGGCUGCAGGUUCCUGGGGGUGGUGGGCAGAGGCCAGGCCGGGGGCGGGUGCGGGUGAGGGGGGUCAGUGCCCACCUUUGGGCGUGCGGGGUCCAAGCGGCGACUCGGAGCGAAGCCAGAGCAGACCCAGCCUCUUCCAACCGAGCGUCUGGCCCCUGAGAGAGCUGGUUUUGCCAGUUUCGCCCUUUUUUUUAAAACCAACUGAAGCGAAAUUGCCUUAAUUCACCAAGAGCACCAACCAAAGCUGCUUGAACACCCUCCGUGCCAGGCCAGACACGGCUCCGGCUGCCCCGGUGCUGCGGGGGCUCCGGCUCCGGCUGCUCCCGUCUUCCGGCACCCGCGUGCCGGUGGGAGC